CCUAUGUACCGGCGUCACUUCUAAUUCCUCUAUUGGAUCGACCGGGAGGACUUCUAGCAGAAGAGCGAAUCGGGGGAGAAAGUUUUCUGAGCCUGUGAAUUUCUGAUUUUCUCUUGGGGUGGUUGAAAAUUUACCAUCAGUGCAAAAUGUCAUCGGAUAAAGUUGAAUUUAGAAGGAGCGUGAAAACCGCACCUGUGGUCAACAUGAGGACCACCGUUAUCCAAAGGACCCCAGCUGGAGCCGGACAUGUCGUGUCCAACAGAAGUUCCACCAGCCGAUUGAGCAUGGGUCCUGCAUUCUCCGCAGGUACUCUGGCUGGACUUUCCCACAAGGGGGUUAAUGAUGUUAUCCAAACAAGGGAUAAGGAGAAGAAGGAUAUGCAAGGCUUGAACGAACGCUUUGCUAGCUACAUAGAAAAAGUUAGAUUUUUAGAGGCACAAAAUAAAGCUCUUAUUGCCGAAAUUGAUAGGUUAAAGAAAUUGAAGGGAUUUGACGUAUCAGAAAUUAAGGAACUCUAUGAACAAGAAAUUGCUGAAUGUAGAAAUGUUAUCGAUGAUCUUUCUAAGGAGAAAGCCAAAUUUGAUUCAACCCUUGUAGGACUUCAAGAUGCACUCGACGACGAAAAGAGAGAACGUCUUGCCAGCGAGAAGGAGUGCGCUGAACUUAGAAACAAAUUGGAUCGCUUGAAUGAUCAAAUCGGCGAGUACGAAGGGGAAAUUGCCACCCUGAGAGGAAGAAUCGGCGGUCUGGAAGACGAAGUCAGCAAACUUAGAGGCACCAACAAACGGCUUCAAGAUGACAUUGCCCGUCUCAGAGCUGAUUUGGAUGAAGAGACACGUAAACGUAUCGAAGCUGAAAUUAAAGCCCAGGCUAUCGAAGAAGAUCUCACUUUCAGACUGAAUGUUGCCGAUGCAGAGAUCAAGGAGUUGCAGGCCCUGAUCGACAGAGACAAGGGAAUGGAGAUGAGAGACAUCUGGAAGGGAGAGAUGUCCAAGGCCGUCAGCGAGCUCCAGAAGGAGUACGACAACCAGAUCAACCAGAUCAGAAUGGACUGCGAGAACCGAAUGGAUGCACAGCUUAGAGAGCUCCAGGCUGGCGUCAAUAGAGACAACAUGGAGGCUCUCCAAGCCAAGGAGGAGUCUAAGAAACUCAAGAGCAGACUUGGAGAUCUCGGACCACGUGUCGCUGAACUCGAGGCUGAGAAUGCAAAACUGCGCAACCAAAUCAUUGCCUUGGAGAAUGAGAUGUCUGACAUGCAGAAGGAACAUGACAGAGAGAACGAUAAGAACGCCGAGAGAAUCGCCGGUCUGGAGGCCAGUCUGGAAGAGGUCAUCCGAGAGUUACAGGUUCUCCAGGACGCCAAACUGUCCCUGGAACUCGAGAUCAGCUGCUACAGGAAGCUGCUGGAGUCGGAGGAAAAUAGCUUGAAAAAUGUAGUAGAAAAUUCAACUGGUGCCAGAAGCAAAGGAGCCAACCAGUUGGCCGACAUUGUGCAAAAAAGCAGUUCGUCCUACAGUUCAAGUUACGGAUCACGCUAUUCACAAGAGGAACUCCUUGGACAGACCAGCACAAGCUUGUCCAGUGGUAGUUAUUAUGACCAAUCAGGUGGUCAGAGAGGAACCGGAAGUGAUCUGAAAUCCAGCGAAUCAACUGGUAAGCUAACAGUUCAUAGAUCUUGCCGCGGGAACAUUGCCUUCUCCGACGCAGCCCCAGACGGAAGUAGUGUUGGUAUCGAGAAUAACACAUCCGGUGCUAAAGGAAAGAGUGUGAAUUUGAAAGGAUGGAAAAUCAGGCGCGAAAUUGGAAAUAAAACUAAGUGCACAUAUGAAUUUAAGAAUGACCUAACGCUGGGACCAGGACAAAAGAUCAAGCUAUACAGUGGUGGCGCUGCGGACAUGAAACAGUCGGAUAAUGACAUCGUCUGCGACUUCUUCACUUGGCACGCGGGAGGCGGAAGUUACGUCCUCACAGACGAGUACAAUAACGAAAAGGCUUCACUCAAGAUGACCAUUACGAACUAAGAAGAAGCUGAUAUAAUAGGUGUUGUGAGAAUUCCAGUACAAAAUCUGCUUAUUUCGAAUACAUUCCAUUAACAUUUUUGUACGAAAAAUGUUGACAUUUACAAUAAAACUCAAUACAUUGGUUGUGAAAUUUGAUUGUUUUUGUUGAAAUGCUGGGUAUUACAAAAAAGUGAGAAUGAUUUUAUAUUUUACAAAGUUUUAAUCUUUUAUAAUUAUUUGUUGUUUUUUGGAUAUACCCUAAAUCUACAUCAAACUUUCUAUUUUAUUUGGAAGUAUUAACUGUGUGCUUCUAUUAUAAAUGUGCCUUCACUGUGUGUUUGCUUUAGUCAUUGUUACGUUAUCAUAUUCAUAUAUAGUUUGUUGUGCUUUUGCAGAGCUAUUCUUAUACAAAUCUUCCUCAGAUGUAAAUGAUAUUAUAUUACAUUUGAUAAUCAAACGGUAGGUGUAUUGCAAUCGUUUGUAUAUUUUGUAAACUACAAAUAUGUUUGAAGGAAUAUUACUGUGCGUUUUCUUUGGCAGCUUUUUUUCUCGUCAAAGAAAACUCCAUAGUGACCUUCAUACUUGCAUGUUUCUUCAUUUUUUAUACAAGUAACAACAGAGAGACAGACUGUGAAAUAAGGUACUUUGCUUCAGAAUUUCGCUAGACGAAGCAAUUAACUUCUAAUUAAUUAAGGAAAUUAGGUUUAUUUUUGAAAACCUGGAAAGGAGGAUUAUUGCAGUGUUGUGGGCAGCAAUCAGAGAUGUUCUUUUGUAUAUAUUUAUGGGUAUAUAUUUAUAUACACCUGAUAUAUUAAGUGUAGUUUGUGUGGUGCUUCAUUCUCGUAUCGUUUUUACAUUACGUCAGAUUUAGCAUAGAUAAAAAAUAUAUUUUACAAAUUCACAAUGUUUAAAUGUUCAUGCAUUAGAGAUUAUCAAUAAAUUUCACUUUUUUGGAAUU